AUGACCACCACGACGCCCACGCCGUCGACAGUGGCUCGCCAGCUGGGCACGGCGGUGUCCACCGUCAUCUCGGCGACGCGCUGGCUGCCCGCCGAGGACUUGAAGCGGGACGCGGACUUGUACCGCGACUGCGGCCAGCUGCACCGACGCUGCGGCCUGCUGGUGACGCGCCUCCGCCGCCUGCUGCUGCACAUCGCCGGCACGGCGCCCGCCCCCGAGCCCGGGUCAGGGUCCGGGGCCGCCGCCGUCGGAGACUCCAUUGACAUCCAGGUGGGCCAGCAGGGCUCGCCGCGGUCGGCCCUAUGCCUCGCGGAGACUCGACCGCCGUCGUCACACUGGCUCACUUCCACCAGGAACUGGCGGCGCAGCACCGGGGGCGGCCCAGGGGGCAGUGGCUGCGGCGCCGUGCUCACCUACAAGCUGCAGUGGUGGCGCGGCCGAGUGUGGCAGGACCGCGUGACGCUGCUGCACCUCGUGCAGGCCAUCGUCACGGAGACGCUGGCCCACUGCAGCCAGCACCCGGAGUGGCCUGGCUGGCGCUGUAUCCUGCGGAUGGUGGCCGUGUACAACGACAUGCUGGCCCUGGGCUCCUCGGGGGAGGGCAGCGUGGUGGGCGUGUGCCGCAACUCGUGUGCCACGCUGCAGUACCCGCUGCGCAAGCUGUCGCUCACCAGGAUCCUGCAGUUGCUGGCGCAGCAGCGCGCCGAGCGGUGCUGUCGGAAGCUGGUGCACGGGCUGCAGGCGAGCUACCGCCCGCCGCACGUCCGCCCCCGCGCGCACCCCGACAGCCCCGCCUCCGGCCGCACGCCUCGCACGCCACCCCCGGAGGACGACAACUCGAGCAUGGAGAUCUUCAGGGCCCUGACGCACCACAUGUCGCCGCCGCACGGCCCGGCCGCCUCCACCGGGGGGCUGACACCCGUGGCGAGCGACGCGGGCUGCGCCGCCGUGCGCCACACCCCGCACCUCCUGGGCACCGGCGCCGUCAAGGACUCUAAGACGACAGACACGAAACGCGCGCGCGGGGGAGUCCGUCGCCGCGCCCAGCAGUACUACCAGCAGCUGCUCUGGGGCGAGGUGGGCUGCGUGGUGGAGCACGUGUUGCUGUGGCCGCUGGGCGCAGAGUCGCCGCAGCACUGCCACCACCUUCGCGCCUGGCUCAUCAAGCUCACCAAGUCCCCCGCGGUGCCCGCGCUGUGUCUGGGCGCGCUGCAGAGCCUGGUGGACUCGCUGGGCGUGCACGUCACCUCCACGUCGUGGGACGCGCUGUUCCGGCGCUCCAUCGUGGCGGCCGGCCACCAGGGCACGGCCACGGGCCGCCUCUUCUCCGCCACCCUGGCCGACCUGGUGGACCUGUCCAACCACUGUGAGGGUGACGGCCCGGCGUGCGCGGCGCCGCCACUGGACGAGAUCGAGGCCCUGCCGCUGGUGGAGCAGAUCCCGCUGCUGCAUCGCCUGGACCACUCGGUGCACACCACCCGGCUCUGGACGGCGGCGCGCGCGCGCAUGCUGGCCGGCUCCUGGACGCUGGCCGCCUUCUUCCUCGUGAGCCAGCGCGACGUGGCCAACUGCCUGGCCGAGCUGAGCAGGCUCAAGCUCCGCGACCACGGCGAUCUGCCCCGCACCGCCAGCGUGCACGUGACGGUGUGCAGCCGGAUGCGCGCCAAGCUGGUGUCCGAGGUCAAGGAGAACAUCAACAAGCUGAAGCGCGUGCCGGAGGAGUCCAUCGCCGUCCUGGCGUCCGUGUGCCGCACCGUCAGCCUGGCCACGCUGCACAUGGUGUUCCCCGCGCCGCGGUACUGGCGGCAGAGCGGCUCCGGCGGCAUGCCCGAGUACGCCACGGCCUACGUGGAGGACUUCCUGGAGCGCGUGCUGCGGCCCGUGCUGGCGGCCAGCGGGCUGCUGACGGCCAGCGUGCAGCUCACGGUGGGCGGGCUGGUGCUGCGCAUCGCGUGCGAGUCCUGGCUGGACCACAUCUACACGCGCCGCAUCAAGUUCAGCGAGUGGGGCGCGCUGCAGCUGCUGACGGACUUCGGCGCCGUGCCCACCUGGCUGUGCGAGCGCGUCUCCCUGCCGACGGAGCUGCGCGCCGCACUGCUCCGCCACGAGGUGCUGCGGCGCUGCGAGGGCGUGGGCCGCCUGCUGCUGCGCCGCCCCGGCGAGAGGGUGUCCAUGACGGCCAGCGGGCUGCCCGCCGCCCCCGGGGCCGCCGCCACCGUCCACCCCGCGCUCGCCGCCCCCGCGGGCCGGUUCGGCCAGCCGCAGCCGAGCGCCGGCCAGGGCGCGGACGCCGCGGCGCCAGCGGACACCAUGCCCGCCGAGAUGUACGUGCCAAACCAGGAGCAGUGGCUGGAGCUGCGCGCCCCGCGGGGCCCCAGGGACCGCGUCAGGGCGCACGGCCUGUGCGCCGCCACCCUGUGCUGCAUGCUGCCUGCCGCGGCCCCGAGCUAG